AGCUCAGCCAGUAGAGGUAGCCGGACGGCACAACGCGACAGAGAUUUUUUCUUCCUUUCGGCUCUGCUUUCCGCUCCAUUCCUAUCACCAUGGAGGGCUUCGAUUACCAGAACGCAACGCCCGAGAUCAAACGGGCGUGACACGCCUGCAACAUGGCGCUCAAGCUGGUUGAGUCGCUGCCCAUUGGACCGGAGCGUGAUAAGCGUCGACACGCCGCGAUUGACAACUUCCUGGCGGCUCAGCUGAACCCACCCAGAUCGGCAGGAGACCCUUUCGCGACCUUCGUCGAGUCGCGUGACCGCUGCACCCUGUAUCCAGGAUCGAUCCGGUUGGACUUGAACCAGAAGAAGGAGAAACUCUUCGACGAGGCGUAUGCCGAUCCUAAGUUCGAAGCGAACCUCUUCGAGGAGUUUUACAACAAAGCCCAGUCGAACCAACUGGACCCAUGCUUCGUUGUAUUCAUGGGGAUGACGCUGGCAGUUGGUGGUGCGUUCGCAGCUGACGAUAUGAAGAAACGAGUCAACCGCUUGGCCCACAUCUGGCUGCGGGAGCCUUCGGCGACGCAGGGGGAGCGCUACAAUUUUUUCAAGGCCUCUGAGCUGCUGGAGGAAACCUUGCUUUCUGCCUCUCUCGGCAUCCCGCAGUUAACGCUGCCGCUUUUCCCCUUUCACCCGCUUAUACAAGCGAAGAACAGCGAGCUGCUGAACAGCGCGCAGGCAGUGGAGGGUGGCGGCCUGGACGGCGGCCAAAGCCAGAAGGAGCUUCGAUCCUUCUACAAGUUCCCCACCCGGACGAUUUGGGGAAGCGGAUACGCGGCCCCCGUCUAUGACUCGGAGGGCAAGCAGGUUGGCGUGGCCGACCUGUCGGAGGUGGAGGCACAUUUCUGUAACCUCCAGCAGCAGGUCCAACGCCUCACGGAGGGCAACGCCCGAGAACUUCGCCGCACGCUCGACCGCGUCAUCGCUCAGUACGAGCGCAAGAACCCCCGCACCACCAAAUCGCCCGCGCCUUUUCAGCCCGACAGACGGCGAGCCGGCGCCCGUGUACACCGUGGUGGGGCGGCAAGCGAGCCGGAGGAAGCCCGCGACGAUUUCCUCGAGGACCUCUUCCCGACAACGACUCAGCAGCCAAAAAAAACGGAGGUGCUGGAGCCCGCAACCACCCAGGGUCUUAGUGCUGGGCGGGGCACCAAAACGCCCAUCGUUUCCGCUUUGGGGCGGAGAUUUACGCGCGGGGAAGACCUCUAACAUCGAGUUGGACGCCCUGUACGCGAGGUACCUACCCCAGCGAUCCGUUGUUCGGUGCGAUGUUAUGCUGUACCUGACCAGUGCACAGGCGAACACUCUCGCGCGACACGCGUUGUCCACCACCUUGUACUUCCCCAUUUUCCUGCAGUCCCACUGGAUUGCGGGGAUCUUGGAGUACGACAAGGCAGACAAGAGGGUGGGGCUUACGAUCUACGAUUCGGCUCCCAACGACAACGUCCAUAGCGAGAUGCGCCGCAAGCUCCACGCGGUCUGGCCAUCUCUCUCUAUUUCCCGCGGGGCGUGCGCUCGCCAGCUGCAGUACAGUGAGGAUUGCGGCGUCCACAUGACAGCAAAUUUCUUUGCGCACCACCUUGGCGUCAGGAUUGCGGAUGGAUCAACGGUAGCCGCUCGCUUACGUCCUUACCUGUACGCGGUGUCCGUGUCACCCGUAGCCAAAGCGACCUUCCUGGCAGAGACGGGCCGAAUUCUGUCGCAGCCACGCGGCAGUGCUCUCAUUCGCGGCGGCGUUGGUCCAACGCCCACACGCAGAACCCUUCACACACCCGCAGCCGACACGCGCCCCUACGGACGACACCGUGCCCUAGGGGUUGCGCGACAGAUUGGCGUACCUUCCGGAAAAGACGUCGCAGUACCCACCGCAGACCCGACCACCCCAACACCCUCUCGCCCAUCUGGGCGGGUGGACGAAAGCGUCAGCUCGACCGCGUCGAAACCUGCGGACAGCUCUUCUCCUGCCGCGGCAGCGGACGCGUCACAACAAGUAGCCCUGCGCACCGAAGCAUCGGCUACGCGCCCUAUGGGAACAGCCCUGGAAACACCCCGGCCUGUCUCCAAGGCGUACGUCGACACGAGACUCGCCGCGGCCCUUCGCGCAAUGAUCGAAGAGGAAGAGAACGAGCAAAAGAAACGACAGCGCACGCCGCCACGCAGAGUUCACUUUACGACACCACUGACAACUCACAGGAAAGAAGCACCGUACUGUGGAGGAGACACCCGGCUCGGUAAACAGUCGCCACUUCGAAGCACCAUUGAAGCAGGGAACGGUCCGGAAGCGAACGGAAACGCGGGAAUGGCCCCCUUUCUUACACAAGCGGGGGAGAGCGAAGACGCCGCAUUUCGCGCGACAGUUGACUACCUUUGGGCAGCGACAGCGUUGGCGAACGUCGGGGACGGCGGCACGCGUGCCUUGACAGCCAGGGCUCUCGUUACCCAGGCCGGCCGGCUUGUUUUCACCAGAGGAGUCCCAUACUCAAUGAGGGAGGCCCUGCGAGCUCUCGGAAAGGAGCCACUGGAGCUCCCUUUACGCAACCGGCCCCAGGCACCGCCGAGCACUGCAGCCGAGUCUUACCUGAUCCGCAGCGGGGAAACGGGAAGCUUCCUGCCCUCUCACCACGGCGAUCGGGUUUUCCAACUUGGAGCUUAUUUCGGCGCGCCGAAGAACCAGGAUCUUGCCGCACAAGGAGGGCUGACCUUUGGCCGCUUCAGGCUAACAACAUCUUUGCAACGCGCCUCAGUGGGAGUUUACGUCUCGACAAGCCAGCAAGCAAAUGCGGAGAGGUUUCGCAGACAACGCCUACCGGCGGCUACCAGGUAUCGACCUGUAGCAUCGCCUGGGAAUUUCAACACGGAGCCCCACCGACGUUACAGACUGACGGGCCUCACGACAAGCUUAUUCCCUCCGGCAUACGCGAUGCCCAACGCUGCGACACGCGUGGCUCCCCGCGAGCGACGGGCAGUCCAUGAGGUGGAAGCGGACGAGGCAACUCGAGCAUUGACAACAGCGACAGGGUUUCAUUUAAACGACAGGGGCGGGCUGCUACCUGGGGGUCCGGCCUGCCCGAGAACGUGGUAUAUCCACCCAGGGAAGCCCCCGCACAUCAGCCAAAUGGCCUGGUCCGCCGUAUCAGAAGGUACGCGGGCAGUACACCGGCGGUGGCUGUACGAGCUGCGCGCACUACCGGCCGACCUACUGAGCAGGCGCAAUUUGGCUGCGGCAGUGGUAGAGUUUGUACGCCGCAUCGCGGUGACAAGACAAUGGAAAUGGUCGACCACCGCGAAGGCCCUGGCGUCCGUCAGUGGUGCGCUGCAACAACUGCCCCUCUACACCAAUCAACGCGAACCGAUACAUCUCAACCGCUACCCGGAAUGGCAGAAGACAGUGGCCGCCGCGCAGCGUUUCGACCGGGAGAGUGUCGCGGCUCCGCCGUCCCCUAUCACUCAGGAACAAAAGGACGCGGCGCAACGGAACUCACUACGGCAGCGCGAUCAGGAAGCUUCUCUGUUCCUCGAAAUGAUGUGGGCAUUUGCGGCUCGCGCGGGCGAUUUACGGACUCUGCAGUGCAGGGAUGUACGCUUCACGGGGGAGGAACCGCCACCAUUUGUGGACGGAGGUGUGACAAUAUGGCCAGAUCGGUAUGGCGUAGUCCUGACAAUGAGACGCGGCAAAGGGGCACGGUUCCGAGGGCCGUAUUCUGUUCCGUCAACCCUGCCGCGCGAAUCGGCGCUGAUUCUCGCGCACCUCCUCCGCAGCCGGCGACCUACGCAGCACCUGUUUGCUCGACCGACCGAAAUCACCGACACCAUCCGCACGGCCCUGCGCCGCGAGAACCCUUUGGCAGCACUACCGUCAGUACGCAAGGGCGCGCUACGCUGCAUGGCGGCGAACGGAAUGGCAGAGCACGAACUGAUGAUCAUGUCAGGUCACCGACGCGCCGACACACUCCACAGGUACCUGGGCUAUGGCCACCAACUCACGACGGAGGCCGCAACCGCGCAGGCCAACGCCAGCGCGGCCCUUUACGAACUGAACAGUUCGGCCUAA